CAGCACAAUUUAAUAGCACAUCUUUUAGAACGCACAGACAAAGGCACGUCCAAUGGAGCCGGCAGCUGGUGGAGGGCAGCAGGCAAGGCGACGACCUGCCCUCCUCGCCCUCCUCUCCACGUCGCUGCUCCUCAACGCCGUCUUCCUCGCGCACCACUUGUUCCGGCCGUCCCGGGUUCUCAGCGCGGUCGGCGACGGCGGUGGCAGCAGCUGCGGGCUGAGCUGGACGCUGCAGGCGGCUAGGGAGGCCGAGGCGGUGGCCGCCGUUGACUGCUCGGGUCACGGCCAGGUGUUCUUGGAUGGCGUCGCCGGCGAGGAUGGGCGGCCCGGGUGCGAGUGCAACGCCUGCUUCGCCGGGCGGGACUGCUCCCUCCACACGCCCAACUGCACCGCCGACGCCGACAGCGGGAACCCGUUGUUCCUGGAGCCAUACUGGCGGCGGCACGCGGCCGCCAGCGCCGUUGUGAUCUCCGGGUGGCACCGCAUGAGCUACAUCGCCACUGGCAUUGAAAAAAUGUUCCAAUCCGUGGAGCUCGAGCGCCAGAUCCGGCGCCUGCACAGGGCCGUCGGCAACGCCGUCGUCGACGACAAGCACGUGGUCUUCGCCGCCGGCUCCAUACAGCUCAUCAACGCGCUCGUGCACGCGCUCUCCCCGGACGCCAACGCCGCCUCGCCGCCGGCCCGUGUGGUCGCCACCGCGCCGUAUUACCCGAUUUACAGGACACAGACGAAGAUGUUCGACGGCCGCGAGUACAGAUGGGGCGGGACCACGGCUCUGUGGGUCAACGCGUCGCGGAACUCCACCGAUGGCUUCAUCGAGUUCGUCACGUCGCCCAACAACCCGGACGCCCAGCUCUACGAGCCCGUCCUCGGCGGCUCGGCCCCGGUGAUCGUCGACCACGCCUACUACUGGCCGCACUUCACGCACAUCCCGGCGCCGGCCGACGAGGAUGUCAUGAUGUUCACCAUGUCCAAGCCCUCCGGGCACGCCGGCAGCAGAUUCGGGUGGGCACUGAUCAGGGACGAGAACGUGGCCAAGAGGGCCAACGAUUACGUGCAGAACAGCAUCAUGGGCGCGUCCCGGGAUACCCAGCUGCGGAUGCUGGGGAUCGUGAAGAUCAUGCUGGCCAAUCUGCACGGCAAGGAGGACAUCUUCGCCUUCGGGCACGACGUGAUGAGAACCAGAUGGCGCAGGCUGAACGCCGUCGUGUCGCGCUCCCGCCGCAUCUCGCUGCAGAGGAUGGCUCCCGAGUACUGCACCUACUUCAAGCGGAUCAGAGAGCCAUCGCCAGGCUAUGCAUGGGUGAAGUGUGAGAUGGAGGAAGACGACGACUGCUACGAGGCGCUGCUGAAGGCAAAGAUCAUCACACGUUCAGGCGCUCGCUUCGAAGCUAGCAGCCGGUACACGAGGUUGAGCCUCCUCAAGACGGAUGACGACUUCGAAGUCCUCAUGGAGAGGGUUACGGAUCUUGUCAAUGCCGAGAAUUACGACGAGCCUGCCUCGAGCUCCACGACUUUGGUAAUGUAAAGGGAACUUCCAUGGACCAUGGGCACCCAAAAGUGCCGGAACGUUCAACCCAGAAAAUAACUGUCUCUCUGCUUAACCUGGAGAGUAACUGGGAACAUAUUGCAGAUGUUUUUCUUACGUUUGGAAACUCGACGAUUCAGGUAGUGUGAAAAACGCGUCCCAAAGGUGGAUUGAGUACUUCA